CUUGAAAAUGUACCAAUUUGGCCAACAUGGUAUCCGCAAUAAAAGCUUGGUGCAAAUAACUACAAACCAAAGAUCUUACUUCUUGUAAAGCCCACUGUCGACCAGGAAUUAUUUGGUCCUCCUUAGUUUCCAGACAUGUUUCCAAUAACAUUUGUACGGCAGCACUUUCCUAUAAAAAAAUAAUUCCCUUAAUUCGAGAAAAUUUAAAGUACGUGGCAACAGCGCUAAAUUAUGGAUGUUGAUUCCCCACUCCACGGUAUGGAUUUUAAUCGCGUAAACAUAACCUCAAAUGUAAACAAACGUCAAAACGUUUUAAAUAAAAUGGAUAGGAAAAGAAAAUACGAUGAUUAUGAUAGAAAUAGGCCUUCUACAUCAGGACAUAAAAGGCGCAGAUCGCUAUCGCCCCAAAACAAGAAAAUAGACGAUUACAAAUACGAAUUAAGUAGAUUUUUGGAAGAACACUGUAAUUUAAAAAGUACCACGGAAUUUUGGACAUUCUACACUAAAUACAAAACAAGACAGACCCUCGUAAAGAACGAUAUUGACAAGAAUAAACUUUUAAACAUAGACUUUGAUCUAAGCAAUAAGCAACUAUAUGAAAAAUUACCACUGUUUGAUAAAAGGGGUGAUAAAGUUAGAUUAUUAUUGGAUGAUUUCAAGGAUUUUUUGUUGGUGUUAAGAAUUUAUUUAGAUUUUCAACAAAAAAGUAAAUUUUCAAAGCUGAAAAAGUUGAGAGGUAUACAAAAAGAUUUGCCCAUAGCUCAAUAUAAAAAUGAAAUAAUAAAUUCAUUGGCUGAUGCAAAAGUAAUGCUGAUUGCAGGAGAUACAGGGUGCGGAAAAUCUACACAAGUACCACAAUAUGUUUUAGAAGCAGGAUACAAAAAAAUAGUGUGUACGCAGCCCAGAAGAAUAGCCUGUGUUUCAUUGGCAAAAAGAGUUUCCUAUGAAACCCUAACCGAUUAUAAAAGCACUGUAGGUUAUCAAAUUCGAUUUGAAAGAACUAAAAGAGCAGAUACCUCAAUUAUUUUUAUGACUGAAGGAUUACUUUUAAGACAAGCCAGUGAAGAAGAAACAUUAAACUCUUACGACCUAAUAAUCUUAGAUGAAGUCCAUGAGAGACACUUGCACGGCGAUUUUCUCAUAGGCAUAAUGAAAUGUCUACUGAGCCGCAGAAAUGACGUAAAACUGAUUUUGAUGUCGGCCACCAUUAACUUAAAAUUAUUCAGCAGCUAUUUCAAAGAUGAAGACGUGAAGGUCAUUCAAGUACCUGGCAGAUUGUAUCCCAUCGAAAUUCACUACAAACCUAUCGUAAAAGAUCCGUACGAACGUAAAAGAGACAGGUUCGAUUGCCAGCCUUACAUGCAGAUCAUACAAAUGAUAGACGAGAAAUACGAACCGCACCAAAAGGGCGACUUGUUGAUAUUUUUGAACGGUUAUUCGGAAAUAUCAACGUUGGCCGAAGCGGUGAGAGAAUACGCGGAGAACAAACAGAACUGGAUCGUGUUGGAAUUGCACAGCAGUCUUUCUUUGGAAGAGCAGGACAAAGUUUUCGAUUAUCCACCGGCUGGGGUUCGUAAGUGCAUCGUUUCGACGAACAUCGCCGAAACUUCGGUCACCAUCGACGGGAUUCGGUUCGUGAUCGACUCCGGCAAGGUUAACCGAAUGAUGUAUCACACCAAUGGGGGAGUCAAUAAGCUAAGCGAGACCAAUAUAUCGCAAGAUAGUGCCAAACAACGGUCUGGACGAGCUGGACGUACUGGACCAGGCAUUGGCUUUCGAAUGUACUCCGAAGAAGACCUAAGCAAAUUCGAAGCAUUCACGCCGGCAGAAAUCCACCUGGUGCCCUUGGAAUCUCUGAUACUGCAGAUGAUAUCCCUCGGAUUAAGCGACAUCGCUCAAUUUCCUUUCAUCGAAAAACCGAGCUCGAGCAGCAUCGAGGAAAGCUUGGAGAAGUUGAAAUUCAGCGGCGCCUUGUCCUUGGAGCAGGACUGCUUGGCGCUGACGCCGCUAGGCGACGCUCUGAGCCAACUGCCCGUGGAUCUGACGAUCGGGAAGAUGCUGAUCACGUCGACGGUGUUCGGGAACGUGAAUUCCGUGCUGGCCGUGGCGUCUUUGUUGAGCGUGCAAAGCCCGCUCACGCAAAACGCGUACAAAUCCACCGAGGGUCGGGAUAUAAGAAGGCCCAUGGAUUCCGACCACGGCGAUCCCAUUUCCUUAUUGAAUUACUACAAGGAAUGGUUGAGUGUAAAGUACAGCAGUGCACCCGUGCAAGGAGGUUCGAGGACGCAAGAAAAUUCGCGCACGUGGGCCAGAAAACGGUGUCUAGAGGAACAGAGGUUCUACGAGUGCACAAAACUGAUAGAGCAGUUCAGGGACACGCUGUGCGAAGCCAAGUUGCUGCCCAAAAUCGAAGACGCGCACCUGACGAGCUCGGAUAGAUCGAUGAGACACGGCGAGUUGAAGAAAUUAAAACACAUGCGGUACAACUUAAAGAACGAGAACCAAUCGAGGCAGAAAAAACAGUUAAAACAUCGCAGAUGCGACGAUGAAGACGAACAAGACAACAAAACAGAUUUGAGAGACGUCGAAUUUAGAAUAACAAACGAUUUCAAGAGGUUGGAAAAACUGCUUAACGAAUCCUCCGCGGACAGUUAUAGAGACGUGGUGAUGUUGAAAUUAAUCUUGACGAACGGACUUUACCCUCAAAUAGCUCUGCAAGACGAAUUCAACUCGAGCAAAUCGGUGUCGGAGAAACUGUACCACACCAAAAACAAAAACUUUAUAUUCCUGCGGCCGAUGUCGUACUUCGCGAACAACCCCGAUUGCUUGGAACUUCAUAACGACGACAUCGAAGUUCCGCCGCCCGGGUAUUUCAGCAAAAGACCGAUAAGCCGGAAGCACCAACUUCUCGUCUAUCAGUCAAUACUGGAGACCAAAAAGGUGUAUUUGGUGAACACGAUGCGCAUGCGAGCGAUGCAAACUUUAAUGUUGUUCGCGAAAACCGUGGCGACUAAUUUGUCGCUGACAAAGUUCGUUUUCGACGACUUCAUAUCGGUCGACGCGCCUUACUACGGCCAGGGUAAAACGUUAUUAACGCGCGCUAUCAAGUUGCGAAACAUGUGGACCAAGGAGUUGGAAUCGAAAUUAAAAGACGCGCAAAACGUGCGCGAAGACAAACAUAAGAUAUACGACUUUAUUGAGGAACUGGUGCGGUUCUUUCAAAGCGAAGUUAGCUACAACGUCAAAAGACUUCUACCGGCCGACCUGAAGACGAUCUACACCGAAUCGCCGGACUACUACGACAACAUACUGAAAACAAACAAUGUCGCCGGUAAGAACCCUUUCGAUCGCGACUACGAAAUAAAAAUAAACGGAUCGUAUGGCGGUUUCAACGUUACCAAAAACGUCGUGUACGGCUGCCUAAUCGAGGAAGAAUGGAGUGCGAACGUUGAAGAAUCCGUUUUGGAGGAAGAACACGAAUGCAUCCACUGUAAAAUGCCGCUUUUAGGCCGCGGCACAUUCGAAACGUUACAGCACGAAUCUUUCUGUCGGCCGAAUAUCAAAGUUGAAAACAUCGACGAGGAAGUAACGCAACCCACGAUAAAACCCAACUCCAAACAAUUUACUUGCGAAAUGUGCGGGAAAGAAUUGUUUUUAACCCCGGUAGACAUCCUUAGGCAUAAGAAAAAUUGUAAAUAAAUAAUUUUAUCUCCACGCGGUCUAUAAUUUAAACUUUAUUGUUGUCAACAUUCGGUAAAGAAAUACCUUGUUAUGGCCUAGGCCGAUAAAAAAUUUUAUGAGGCAAGUAAUUAGUUCGAUUUUUUCUCGCUAGGGGUAUUGUUUUGACAAAUUAAUCCUUUUCUAAGAAAUUUACGUACUAAACUGGUUUAAUUUAUUUAUAAUAAGCACUAAUUUUUUUGUUUUACUGUUAAUGUUUAAUAUUUUUCAUUAAAUUAUUGUAAAAUUA